AUGGAGGUCGAGAAUGGCAAGAGAAAUGGGUUUGAACCCACCGGGGACGUCAUCGGGAAACGACUGAGAACGACCGAGGCGCCUGACGGAAGCGUCGGGAUACAAGAAGAAGAUGAUAGCGAAAUGACAUCAUGGUUAAUGCUAGACGAAGAUUCAGCUAUGGAGCUAUCAAAGCUUUUAGACUCAUGGGACGCGCCGCCGCCUCCAGUGAAGGUGAGGUUCAUCGAAAACCCCUACUCUUCGACGGUGAUAUUCCAGUCGUCGUCGGCUUACGUUACCAUAAAUGGCAACGAGGAGACUUGUGGAUCGUCUUUCUCCGACUCGGACUCGUCGGUGAUGGCGAGCAUUGACCUGGGGGGCAUCAGGAGGGUGGUUCUGGGAGAAAUGAAGGAAGAAAGCGGUGGCGCGUGGACUACAGACGCCCGUGAGAAUGGUCUGGAUGUUGACAGGGACUUGGAGGCGGAGGGUUUUUUGGUCAAAGAAAUUAGUGGCUGUGAUUGCUCUGGAAGUUCGUCUGAUGAUCAGAUCGAUUAUGAAGAAGCCACGUGGCUAAAGUUUCUUGGGGAGGACGGGUUUAGGUCACUGUAA